GCAAGUGACGGAUCUAUUUUCAACGGGAGGCUGGACCGAGAGAAGCGUCACACAGAAAGCAAAGACACUGGGGGAUAAAACACACUGUCCUCCUCCUCUACAGUUCACGGAAUUUACAUGUUUUAACGAGGAUAUCUUCACAUGCCAACACCGGAUAUUUAUGAACAUCUGCACAGGUUUAUAUUCGUAGCGUUAGCUUGACGGGAAAAAGCAAGCAAGAAUGGAUCAGAAUUUAUUUGGUGGGGCUCCACGCUUCCUAACUCGACCCAAAGCCUUCUCGUUGUGCGUGGGACGAGAUGCCUCCCUCAGCUGCACUAUUGUGGGGAACCCUGUUCCUGUAGUCACCUGGGAGAAAGACAAGAUGCUUCUUUCAGCAGGUGGACGCUUCAAGAAAGUAGAAGAUGGUGACGUUUACCGACUUACCAUCUACGAUCUAACUCUAGAAGACAGUGGGCAGUACAUGUGCCGUGCCAAGAACAACAUUGGAGAGGCAUAUGCGGCUGUGACCCUGAAGGUGGGACUGCCGGAAACUGUGAUUGAUCGCGCCCCAGUGUUUACAGUCAAGCCUGUCUCCACCCGUGUGGGUCUAGGGGGUGAUGUUACCUUCUAUUGUCGGGUGGCAGCCCAUCCGGCACCCAACUUUGACUGGGAAAAGGAUGGUCGCUACCUGGGUGAGACCAACCGCAUCAAGAUAAUCUCGGAAAAUGACUCCAGCUCCUUGAGGAUCCAGAGUGUCAGGAGCCUGGACAGUGGUACCUACACCUGCCGUGCACAGAACUCCAUUGGCCGUGCUCAGGCCGCUGCUGCGCUAGCGGUCGACCUUCAAGAUACUCGUCUCCUUAAUGCAGACAAGAGCACAUCCCUCCUGUCACACAUGCAGAAGCGGAAAGAAGAAAUGCGGAAGGACAUCUCCUUAUACCGCACCUUGGAAAGUUCCUCAACCACGCAUACAGCCUCAUCUUCCUCGAUCACCGAGGAACUUGGAAGCUUGGGACUCGGCUAUGAUCAGGAGCAGAGGGUUUCGGCCUUAACCAGCAUGUUGCCCAAAGGUGUGUUCACUCGCACCUGUAUGGUGACCGAGGGUAAACAUGCAAAGCUUAGCUGUUUCGUCACAGGCCAUCCCAAACCUCAGAUCAUCUGGAGGAAGGAUGGGGCGAACAUCAGUGAGGGCCGCAGACAUGUGAUGUAUGAGGACCUGGCGGAGAAUUUCAUCCUCAAGGUGCUCUACUGCAAACAAAGUGAUAAUGGGCUUUACACCUGCAAUGCAUCCAACUUGGCUGGACAAACCUAUAGUGCUGUGCUAGUGAUCGUCAAAGAGCCAAAGAUCCCAUUCAAAAAGAAGCUGCAGGAUGUCGAGGUGAAGGAAAAGGAAACAGCAACUCUGCAGUGUGAGGUGCCAGUGCCGAACACAAAGGCCAGCUGGUUUAUGGAGGAGACCCAUCUGGAGGAAAGUACCAAGUACCGCAUGGAUGUGGAAGGGACCCUGCGCCGCCUCACUAUUCACAAUGUCACCACCAAUGAUGAUGCCGUGUACAUCUGUGAGAUGAAGGAAGGCAGCCGCACUGUGGCCGAACUUACAGUGCUGGGCAACAUCACUAAAAAGCUGCCGAGGAGGACAGUGGUGCCAGUUAGCGAUACCGUGAUCUUCUGUGUGGAACUGGAGAAACCAGUAGAUGAUGCAUACUGGACCAGGAAUGGGGAGAGGCUGAAAGAGGACUCCCGAAUUAUUAUCGCCCGCAUUAACAGACAGUACACACUGACCAUUCGCGAAUGUACUGCAGAGGACUCGGGUGAGGUAGCUUUCAUCGCCCAUGACUGCAAGACAUCCACCCGCUUCUCCGUCACAGCACCGAGGAAACAUCCAGAUCCCCCACUUGAGCCAGUGGUGCGAAACAAGACAGAUUCAUCGAUCACACUGUGCUGGUCUCCACCAGACAGUGAACGGCCCGUGCCCAUCACCGGCUACAUCAUUGAGCGCAGGAAGGUGGGAGCCCAAACCUGGGUUAAAGUCACUAGUACGUCUGUGUCUAGCACUGAAUACACCAUCAGUGAAAUUUCAGAAGAAGCAAGCUAUCAGUUCCGCAUCUCAGCGGUCAAUGAUUUUGGUCAGAGUACCUACUUGGAGGUUCCUGGAUCGUUUUACCUUGAGCCCACAGCAUCAGUGAAGACAGGCCUGGUCAACUGCAGUGCACAUGUAGGUGAAGAAGCAACCUUCACUGUUGAGCUCUCAGCCGUAUGUUCCGGCUCCUGGACCAUAAAUGACAGAAUGAUCCGCAGUGGAUCUGAGUAUCUGAUCACACGCUCAAAGACCACACACACGCUGGUCAUUAGGGAGGUAUCCAUGGAACUAAAUGGAGCACAGGUCAAGUUUGUGGGUGGUGGAUCUCAGAGUGUUUCCACGCUUAGUGUGAAAGCCGCACCCGCACGUUUCACCAAUAAGUCUUCUCAGGUGGAAGUGUUUGCUUUCAGCAUGCACUCCUCUGCUCAGAUGUUCACAGAAGUGUCCGAUUCAAACAUCCAGGUUGUCUGGAUGAAGAAUGGGAAGGAACUGAGGAUGGGUAAAAAAUAUGAAGCCACAAGUGUGGACCGUAAACGCACACUGACAGUCCACAACGUUGACCAUGAAGAUGUGGGCAUCUAUGAAUGCAUGUUUGAUGGUGAUAAAAUGUCUGUCCAGCUUGCCCUUAAAGAAGAACCAGCUAAGUUUGUUAACAAGCCGAGGGCUCAGCCCCAAGAGAGUGAUGCUCUUGUGGGUGACGUGGUGUUGAGCUGUGAGGUUGCUUCUCCUGGAACUGCUGUUGUGUGGAAGAAAGAGCAGACAGAAAUAAUGGAGGACAAGAGGACAACUUUUAUAUCUCAGGGGACACAAAGGAAGCUGGUCAUCAGGGGUGCCAAGCAGAGCGAUGAAGGACACUACUCGUGUGAAACGCCAGAGGACAAAAUGACAUUCCUGGUCAAGAUAAAAGAAACUUGUGCUGCUUUCUCCAACAAAGACUCUUAUCAGAAGGAGGUGAAGGUUUCAACCUCCCAAAAGGCCACACUGAGCUGUGAAGUUUCUGAUGCCAAAACUGAAGUGAAAUGGUUCAAGGAUGGCAAGCAGUUGAUUUCUAGUAAGACUGUCCACAUGGAGUCGAAGGGCAAGAGCCGCCAGCUCGUGCUGGAUAAUGUGGAGAAGAAGGAUGCUGGAGAAUAUACCUGUGAAGCUGGAAAUGAAAAGCUGGUCUUUAAGAUUCGAGUGGAAGACAUACAAGCCGCCUUCUCCAACAAAGACUCGUAUCAGAAGGAAGUCAAAGUAGCUGCUUCCCAAAAGGCCACACUGAGCUGUGAGGUUUCUGACCUCAAGACUGAGGUGAAAUGGUUCAAGGAUGGUAAGCAGUUGAGCUCCAGUAAGACUGUCCACAUGGAGUCAAAGGGCAAAAGCCGCCAGCUGCUGCUGGAGAACAUUCAAAAGAAGGAUGUUGGAGAAUAUACCUGUGAAGCUGGAAAUGAAAAGCUUGUCUUUAAGAUUUGUGUGGAAGACAUUCAAGCCACCUUCUCCAACAAGGACACUUAUCAGAAGGAAGUGAAGGUUUCAGCCUCCCAGAAAGCCACACUGAGCUGUGAAGUGUCUGACGUCAAGACUGAGGUGAAAUGGUUCAAGGAUGGCAAGCAGUUGAGCUCCAGUAAGACUGUCCACAUGGAGUCAAAGGGAAAAAGCCGCCAGCUGUUGCUGGAGAACGUGGAGAAGAAGGAUGCUGGAGAAUAUACCUGUGAAGCUGGAAAUGAAAAGCUUGCCUUUAAAAUUGAAGUGACAGAUGUUCAAGCUGCCUUCACCAACAAAGACACCUAUCAGAAGGAAGUCAAAGUAGCUGCUUCCCAAAAGGCCACACUGAGCUGCGAGGUUUCUGACCCCAAGACCGAGGUAAAAUGGUUCAAGGAUGGCAAGCAAUUAAGCUCCAGUAAGACUGUCUUUAUGGAGUCAAGGGGCAAGAGCCGCCAGCUAGUGCUGGAAAAUGUGGAGAAGAAAGAUGCUGGGGAGUACACCUGUGAAGCUGGAAAUGAGAAACUUGCCUUUAAAAUCCAGGUGACAGAUAUUCAAGCUGCCUUCACCAACAAGGACACCUAUCAGAAGGAAGUCAAAGUAGCUGCUUCCCAGAAGGCCACACUGAGCUGUGAGGUUUCUGACCCCAAGACUGAGGUGAAAUGGUUCAAGGAUGGCAAGCAGUUGAGCUCCAGUAAGACUGUCCACAUGGAGUCAAAGGGCAAGAGCCGCCAGCUCCUGCUGGAGAAUGUGGUGAAAAAGGAUGCUGGAGAAUAUACCUGUGAAGUUGGAAAUGAAAAGCUGCCAUUUAAGAUUCAGGUUACAGAGCUCAAAGCUGCCUUCACCAACAAAGACUCUUAUCAGAAGGAAGUGAAGGUUUCAGCCUCCCAAAAAGCCACACUGAGCUGUGAAGUUUCUGACCUGAAGACUGAGGUGAAAUGGUUCAAGGAUGGCAAGCAGUUGAGCUCCAGUAAGACUGUCCAUGUUGAGUCAAAGGGCAAGAGCCGUCAGCUGGUUCUGGAGAAUGUGGAUAAGAAGGAUGCUGGAGAAUACACCUGUGAAGUUGGGAAUGAGAAACUUCUUUUUAAGAUUCAGGUGGAAGAUGUUUCUACCAAAUUCCAGAAGACAUCCGUAACAAAAGAAACUGUGAUGGUCGAGUCAACAGAAAAGGUUGUGUUAAAAACCGAGGUGAUGUCAGAGAAUUGUAGUGUUAAGUGGUUCAGGGAUGGAAUAGAACUGAAAGACGGAUCAAAGUAUGAGAUGAAACAGGAAGGUUGCUCACGUGUCCUCAUCGUUAAGUCCUCUGAAUCUAAAGACAGCGGCACCUACUUUUGUCAGACGGCUGAUGACAAGGUUGAGUUCAAGGUUCAGGUCAAAGAUCCACCUUUAAAGUUUGUGGUGCCAUUGCAGCCAGUGUCUGCAGUACUGGAAAGCACAGUGACACUUUCCUGCAGUCUCAACAAAGCCACGAGUAGUGUGCUCUGGAAGCAUAAUGGCAAAGAAAUCAAAUCAGGUGGUAGAUUCAGUAUCCGCACCGAUGGCACCAAUUGCAUCUUGACUGUGUCCGCUGUGGCUCAGGAGGACGAAGGAGAGUACAGCUGUGAAUGCAAAGAUGACAAGACCUCCACCAAAGUCACUACUAAAGCCCCACGUCUGGUGAGGUUCACUACCAAGCUGAACAAUGUUGUUGCAAAUGAAGGCAAAGAUGCCAUCUUUAAAUGCUCCAUCACACCAGCCGAUGUAAGUGUCAGAUGGCUGCGUAAUGACAUUCCUAUUACAGCUAGUCCCAAAUUUAAGAUCACUCAUGGGGGAAGCAGCCAUUCCCUCAUCAUCACAGCUGUCAGUCAGGAGGAUGCAGGAGAGAUCAGUAUCGAUGCCGAGGGGAAAAUGUGCAAAGCCACACUCCAAGUACAACAACUUCCUGUCACCUUCAAGAAGAAGCUUGCAGAUAUGACUGUUACUGAGCAGGACACAGUUCGUUUGGAAGUGGAGCUGAGUAAACCCUCAAAAGAUGUGAAGUGGAUGAAGAAUGGUGUGAUACUACAGCAAGGAGACAAUAUAGAGAUGUCUGUGGAUGGUGCCAGGCAGGCUCUGGUCCUCAAGAGUGUGGCGUAUGCUGACAGAGGAUAUUACUCAUGUGAAACCCUAGAUGACAAGACCCAGGCCAAACUGACAGUAGAAAUUAAAAAGAUUCAAAUAGUAAAAGGCCUAAAAGAUAUGAAAGUGCAAGAAAAAGAGAGCAUCACUAUGGAGGUGGAGCUCAGCAAGGCUGAUGUAGAAGGUUCCUGGAGCAAAGAUGCAAAGAAACUAAAGGCAGGACCAAAUAUCAUCAUUACAGCGCAGGGCAACAAGCACUGCUUGACUAUGUCCCAACUGAAGAUAAGUGAUGGUGGAACUAUUACUUUCCAAGCUGAGGAUGUAUAUAAUUCUGGCAAACUAAUUGUUACAGAACCUGCUGCAAAGAUCCUCAAACCUCUACGGGAUAUCAGUUCUCCUGAAAAGGAGAAAGUCACCUUUGAAUGUGAGGUGUCAAGAGCAAAUGCUGAUGUCAAGUGGUUUAAGGAUGAUGAGGAAUUGAAGCCAGGAAAGAAAUUUGGCAUCCAUUCCCAGGCCAACAAGCGCACCCUGAUCAUCCAUAAGUGUGCAUAUGAAGACCAGGGCCAGUAUAUAUGUAGAACAACAGAUGACAAUACCAUGGCAAAGUUCACUGUUCACGCCAGAGAUAUUAAAAUAGUCAAGCCGCUGCAGGACGUGGAGGUGACAGAGAAGGAGAGUGCAACGUUUGAUUGUGAGGUCUCUCACGAUGAGGUCGAGGCUCAGUGGCACAAAGGAGAUGCCAAACUUAAAGCAGGAGACAACAUAAAGAUAAGACAGGAGGGAAGAACAUACGUUCUACUCUUCAAAUCUGUAAAGGCUGAGGAUGCAGGUGAAAUCAGGUUCACAGCUGAGAAGGCCUCUUCAGUCGCCAAACUGAAGGUUAAAGAACUGCCUGUCAGAUUUGUGAAGAAACUGAGAGACAAAAUCGCCAUGUACAAACACCGCGCAUACUUAGAAUGUCAAGUUUCACGGGCCAACGCUAAAGUCACAUGGUACAAGAACAAGUCCGAGAUCAAACCCAGCAAGAAGCAUGAGAUCACCAGUGAGGACAUCUACAGGAAGCUCACCAUCAUCGACGUGGACUCUGAUGAUGAGGAUACAUAUGUGUGUGACGCCAUUGAUGAUAAGACUUCAUGUCAGCUACUAGUAGAAGAGCAGGCUAUCAGCGUAGUACGGCAUCUGAGUUCUGUGGAAGUGACCGAGCCGUUUGCUGCCCGCUUUGAGGUGGAAGUCAGCGUGGAGACUGUCAAGCCAGUGAAAUGGAUGCUAAAUGGAGAACAGCUGAAGGAGUGUGCAGAUAUAGAGAUGGAAAAAGAGGGAACCAUGCACCGACUCACUUUUAAGAAAACCAAGCCCUCCAUGUCAGGCCAAGUACAGUUCACUGCCGGAAAGAGCAAAUCAACAGCUGAGCUCAAAGUGAAAGAGCGUCCCAUUGAAGUCCUGGAGCCUCUUAAAGAUGUGUCCGCCAAGGAGAAGACUUCCACCACACUAUGCUGCAAGUUCUCUGCCACACCAAAAGAAGUAUGGUGGUUUAAGGGUCAAACUGCUUUGGAAGCUUCCAGCAAAUACAGCAUGAAGCAAAAGGACGCCAGUGUGCAGCUGAUCAUACAAGCUUUGAGCGCAGAGGACUCUGGAGAGUAUCGCUGUCAGGUUGGGGUCUGUGAGACCAAAGCUGUUCUCAAAGUAGAAGUGCGUAAAAUCCAGAUCACCAAACAUCUGACAGACGUGGAGGUUGAUGAAGAUGGUGAUGUGGUGUUCACCUGUGAGGUUAACUAUGCUGAUGAAGAGGUCCAGUGGACUCUCAAUGACAAGCUGCUCUUCAACAAUGAGGUCAAUGCCAUCACCCAUGUGGAUAAGACCCACACGCUCACCCUCAAGAACCUAGCACCUGAGGAUGGUGGAAAGGUCUCAUUCAGCAUCAGGGAUGUGAAAGAAACAGUCUGCCUAAAAGUCAAAGAGAAGAAAGCCAUCUUCUUGAAGUUGCUGGAUGAUGUAGUUGCAGAGGAGAAGGGUACAGUUACCCUUAAGUGUGAAGUCUCAAAGCCCAGAGUGGCCCCUGUGUGGCGCAAAGAUGGAACAGUCCUGUCAACAGGGGAAAAGUAUGAACUCCUCCAUGAUGGUAAGACCUUGGGACUUACUAUCCAUGAUGUCACACAAGCUGACGCCGGGGAGUACAGCUGCGAUCUUGGCACAGACCUCUCCAAGUCCAAGGUCACUGUUCGAGAUAUCCACAUUGGGAUCACCAAGCGUGUUAAAUCGGUAGAGGCCAAAGCAGGUGAAAACUGCACAUUCGAGUGUAUCUUGUCCCGAGAAAGUUCAGAGAAGUGCACCUGGAGCGUAAAAGGCCAACCUGUCACUGAUGGAGGGCGUUUCCAGAUAAGCAGCAAAGGGCGCAAGUAUACCUUAACAAUCAAAGCUGUCUCAGCUUCUGAUUCUGGUGAGGUGGUCUUCACUCUUAAGGAUUUGAGCUCAAAGGCAACACUUACUGUUGAGGGUGAAGCUCCUACCAUAUCAAAAGAGCUUCAAGGUGUCAGUGCCAAAAUUGGUGAAAAUGUCACAUUCUCCUGUGAGCUUUCUCAAUCUGGACUGGAAGUGAAGUGGUCAAAGGAUGGCAAGUCUAUUAGAAAAAGCCAGAAAUACGAAAUCAGUCAGGAGCAGAUGCUUGUAAAGCUGACAAUCCGCAACGUCACUGAAAAAGAUUCUGGAGAAUACAGCUGUGAGGUCACCGGUGGUCCAACCUCCAAAGCUAAGCUGGAGAUCAAAGAACUGGCCAACAAAUUCAUUCAUGAGCUAAAGGAUGCCACUGCUGAAGAGAAGAGUGUUGUCUCCUUUGAAUGUGAGACAGCCCAACCUGCCUCUAAAGUCACCUGGCUGAAAGGAACAAAGGAGAUCAGGGCUGGAGGAAGGUAUGAGCUUAUGCAAAAGGGAACUGUCCUCAUCCUUAAAGUGAAGGAUCUGGAGAAGAGUGACAGCGAGGUAUACACCUGUGACAUUGGCUCUACGAAGAGUUCAGCGAAACUGACAGUGAAAGUGGUACCUGCUAGGUUUAAGGGUCAGAUGAAGAACCAGCAAGUUACUGAAGGUGGGAAAGUCUUACUUUCCUGUGAGCUCUCAAAACCCGGAUGCCAAGUGCAAUGGAAGAAGGGAACUGAAAGUCUGAAAAAUGGGGGAAGAUAUCAGAUAAUGCAGAGGGACACCAUGUGCGAGCUACAGAUUUCUGACUUGGUGCCUGAGGACAGUGGAGAAUAUUCCUGUGAUUGUGGAAAUGAGAACACAACAGCUAAUGUUGUUGUCAGUGCAUUACCAGUGGUCUUCAAACAUGAGCUAGAAGCCAAGAUUGUGACGAAGGAGACAGUGUUACUCUUCACUGUGAACUCUCAAAGCGUGGAGUUCCUGUUGUUUGGAAGAAAGGAACGCAGGUCCUGCAAUCUGGGGAAAAGUACCUCAUCAUGCAAGAUGGGGCUACUGUUGAGUGAAGAUCACUGA